CUUAGCCCUAGACUCGCACGGUCUAUUCUUUCAUCCGCUUCCUCUAGUCAUCCUCCACAAGCAGCUUCAAUUCCGGCAAUGGCGUCAACCGCGUUGAGGAGCUGCGGUGUUGCAGCCAUUUUCCCGUCUGUCCUCUCUUCUUCUAAAUCGAAGUUCGCUACUGCAGUUUCCCUCCCAGGUGCCUGCUCCAAUGCCUCCUCGCGGUUCACCAUGUCUGCCGAAUGGAUGCCCGGUCAGCCUCGCCCGCCCUACCUCGAUGGCUCCGCACCAGGUGACUAUGGGUUCGAUCCUCUUCGACUUGGUGCAGUCCCUGAAAACCUCGAGAGAUUCAAGGAAUCUGAACUCAUUCACUGCAGAUGGGCAAUGCUUGCAGUGCCAGGGAUCUUGGUGCCAGAGGCACUUGGAUUAGGAAACUGGGUGAAGGCACAGGAGUGGGCUGCAGUGCCUGGUGGGCAAGCAACUUACCUGGGCAACCCGGUCCCUUGGGGCACUCUCCCAACCAUCCUGGUCAUUGAGUUCCUUGCGAUCGCCUUUGUGGAGCACCAACGCAGCAUGGAGAAAGACCCCGAGAAGAAGAAGUACCCUGGUGGUGCCUUUGACCCACUGGGCUACUCCAAGGACCCAGUCAAAUUCAAGGAAUACAAAAUCAAGGAAAUCAAAAAUGGACGUCUUGCUUUAUUGGCCUUUGUGGGCUUCUGCGUCCAACAGUUGGCUUACCCAGGAACGGGACCAUUGGAGAAUCUGGCAACCCACUUGGCUGAUCCAUGGCACAACAACAUUGGGGACAUUAUUAUCCCCAGAUCGAUUUUGCCUUGAUUGUAGACUGUUAAUUAAAACUGGCUGUACAACUUCAUGUAAUCAUCUAUAAUGAAUGAGAACUGCAUAUAUUGAACUGUGUAACUUAGUUAUUUCCCUACCUCUUUGUCCUCGUCUAAUGCAAUAUCUUGUGGAAAUUUUCAUUA